AUGCGUUGCCCGUCGACGACAUCGCCAGCGGCACAGUCCGCCGCUGGCUUGCUAUACCUGCUCCUGCUGGCGACGCCGGCGGCAGCGAUGCUCCAAUGCGAUAAAAUCCUGGUCGACCGCCAAAAGUUCAACUUCAAAGACCUCGGGGGCCCCCACUCGGUGGUCACGACGCAGGAGCUGGAUGAAAACCAGCCAUUCCAGUUUCGCAACACGACGUACACGCUGGAUCUGUGUGCACCGCUGAAGAAGGACGGCCCGCGCAGCGAGAGCUUCUGUGGUAUCGUGCGCGGCAUCAAAGACGACCAAGACUCAGUGCAGUCCGUCAUCCCGAUCGCAGGCAACCUGGCCAACCACGGAGGGAGCGACCUGGAGCCCAAGAUAACGCGGCUCAAGACAUCCGACUCGGGCGCCGAUGCCAAGAAGGAGGGUGUGCGGAUUGUUCUGCACGGCGGGAAAGACACGGUCAGCAAGCGCGCACAGCAGGCCAUUGUCGAGAUGGUAUGCGGCAAGGACAAGACUGGCAAGGAGGGCGAGUGGGACCCGAAAGACGACAAGUAUGAGCCGGGCCAGGAGGAGACCGAGGAGGAGGGCAGCUCGGCCGCUGGGCAGCGGAAGAGGGCCGACGGCGACGAGAACAAGGACGGGUCGUCGGAGCACCAGCUGCUCAAGCCGGACUCGGCCCUUAUCUUCGACAGCUACGGGCCCCUGAGCGAGGACAAGGAAAUCGACGUGCUGAGGCUGACAUGGUACACAAAAUACGCAUGUGAGGGCCUGCCCGAGGACGAGUACCCGAGCAACCAGCACUGGGGCUUCUUCACAUGGCUUGUCAUUCUCGUGUUCCUUGCUACUGCGUCCUACCUGAUCUUUGGGUCCUGGCUGAACUACAACCGCUACGGGGCCCGCGGCUGGGACCUGCUGCCGCACAGUGACACCAUUCGCGAUAUUCCCUACCUUCUCAAGGACUGGACGAGAAGGGUCCUUAACACGGUGCAGGGCACCGGUUCCAGAGGGGGCUACUCGGCUGUAUGA